AUGAAUAACGGCACUUUUCAUCUGUUCACGGAGCUGCCGCCCGAGAUUCGCGCCAGCAUUUGGCGUCACGCUGUCGAGCCACGUAUAGUGCCCAUAACGUGCUGGAGUGGCGAGCAGCGCGCCGAGGUUACAACAAUGAGCGAGGCGCGGGAGGACGAUUUGGCCGAGGGGUGUCGUCGCGCACGCACCGAUCCUACGGCCAAGACAGAGCUGCCACUGGAACUUUACGCGAAGGCACCACUGCGGCCACCCGUACUGGAUGUGUGUAGAGAGGUGCUUCAGCUCGGCUUGUAUGAGCAGAUGAUCCUGACUCCUGGAAGUAGCACUUCCUACGCCUGGGUCAACUACGAGAUGGACAUUAUCUAUCUCGAAGACGAGGAAGAACCGUACUCGUUGUAUCGAAAUUGUGGGAGUCUUGUGCGACGAUUACGGAUACGUGCCGACCCAAGCAACGAGUACUGGUUCUACAAUCAAUCGGCCACGCUCAAGUCUACUUUCAAUCAGCUCCAAGAGUGUUUUGUCGUAAUGGGCGACGAGGCGCGUAUUUGGGACUGGCGAUCAUACGACUACCGCAAAUGGUUCUCUUGUCCUCCUGACAAGAUUCAUCUCAUCGACGAGGAAAACGAUGAGCAGAUGACGCAUGAGGAACUGCUUCAGAUGUCUAAUGAAGCCGUGAAUAAAUGGUCAAUGUCAAGUAACAGAUUUGGAUCAAGUGCGUCUGCAGACGAUGAAAAUAGCUAG